UAUUGCCUACCUAGAGUUUGAAUAUAACAUUUCCUCUCCCUGACGGAGUUAUAUUUUUCCCAAGGGAUUAUAUUUUGCCCGAAGCGCGCAGCGCUGAGGGAAAAUAUUAUCCCGAGGGAAAAAUAUAGCUUCGGAGGGGAGUUGAAAUGUUAUUUAUUAAAACGAUAGACCAGGCAAUAUCUGUUAUAUUAUAUAGUCUAUGUGGAUUCGCCAUCAGAAAUUGCAUUCACCAUUUGGCUCAAACCCGAAAUUCUUGCUACAGCUCUAAUCCAUCUACGUCAUAAUAGAUUUUUUUUUUUGAAUACAUCAAGCGCGUACUUCAUGCAAUCGACGCGUUAACAUUAGCGCGUACAUCAAAAACUACCUUGUUACGCAACUUGUAUGCAGUGAGUGACGUCACCUUAGUGAAUAUAACGCCGCAAUUGACAAUACAACGCAGUAUAUUCCCUGAGGUGACGUCAAAACCUAGAAUAUAACAAAUGCGAUCCUCGCAGUUAUGGUCACGGGAUGGUGUAUUGACCAAUCACUGAUUCGAAUCUACAUAACCUAUGUAAUAUUAUACAGAUAUUGCCUACCUAGAGUUUGAAUAUAACAUUUCCUCUCCCCGACGGAGUUAUAUUUUUCCCAAGGGAUUAUAUUUUGCCCGAAGCGCGCAGCGCUGAGGGAAAAUAUUUUCCCGAGGGGAAAAUAUAGCGUCGGAGGAGAGUUGAAAUGUUAUUUAUUAAAACGAUAGACCAGGCAAUAUCUGUUAUAUUAUAUAGUAUAUGUGGAUUUGCCAUCAGAAAUUGCAUUCAUCAUCUGGCUCAAACCCGAAAUUCUUGCUACAGCUCUGAUCCAUCGAUCUACGUCAUAAUAGUUUUUUUUUGGAAAAUACAUCAAACGCGUUCUUCAUGCAAUCGACGCGUUAACAUUAGCGCGUACAUCAAAUAAACUACCUUGUUACGCAACUUGUAUGCAGCGAGUGACGUCAACUUAGUGAAUAUAACGCCGCAAUUGAAAAUACAACGCAGUAUAUUCCCUGAGGUGACGUCAAAACCUAGAAUAUAACAAAUGCGAUCCUCGCAGCUAUGGUCACGUGAUGGCGUAUUGACCUAUCACUGAUUCGAAUCUACAUAACCUAUGUAAUAUAGUGCAUUAUUACAUUUGUGGGUGAAAUUAUUACAUUUGUGGGUAAAGUGGUAUUAAAUUUGUGGGUAAAGUGUUAUUACAUUUGUGGGCGUUAUUACAUUUGUGGGUGUAACAGGGGGGAUGAGGGCGGAUUUUUUAAAAGCUGAUGAUGCUAACGUGAAAUGUUUCAUGGAUGGGAUACUCUGCUCCAUGGAGAAACAGGCUUUAUACCUCACUCUACCAUUCUCAAUCUUUAUUAUUAUUAUUUUACAUUUCGUGUUAUCUUGACACCUCCCUGUAUAAUCACUUCAAUAUGUAGAUACUUAUUUUAUUACUUCUCAUUUAUUUGUUUUUUUUUACCACAGGGGACAUUAUGGUACAGAUAGCAAUGGUCUAUUGGGAAGGUCGACUACGAACGCAUAUCCGGGUCUUUUUGCUGUUACUCAGAGCUGUCUUCACAUGUAGCCUACCACUAAAGUUUUAAAACAAAUUGAGUAAAACAUUUUUUUUUUUUAAUAACUUUAUCAUUCUGUUGAUCAUAUUCUAAUAUAUACGCAAGUCUCACCUAUUCGCUAGAUAAUUUAUAUUUUCUGCUGAGGAAAAAAAAAAACAAUUAUGGCGACACUUGAGCAUACUGUUUCACGAGGUUUACAGUGUCCAGUUUGUUUGAGUUUGCUAAAUGAUCCCAAACAACUAUCAUGUACACAUACGUUUUGUCAAAAAUGUAUCCGAGAUAUUAUAGCGUGCUCCUUACAGAAUAAUAAUUUAACUUGUCCAUUAUGUAGAAUCAAAACAAAUGUCGCGGAUGGAAAUGUUGCCAAUCUUAAAACUAAUGUACCUGUGAAGUCACUUGUUGAUGACGUCAGGAAUAGUAAACAGCUCUGUGACAUGUGUGACGAGCAAUCAAGAGCCGCACACUUCUGUUGCGAUUGUGGUAAGAACAUGUGUAACGCAUGUCUGCAAGCUCACAACACAUGGAAACCACAUCUUAAACAUAAAGUAGUGAGCGUUGAAGACAUCAGAGAGGGUAGGGUAGUCUUAAAGAAAAAGAUUUACUGUCAAGAAGAAGUACACCAAUCAGAAGAGUACGAAUGCUCUGAUGUAUGCACGACAUGUAAGAAGCUCAUUUGUAUGAGAUGUCGCAUGCUCUACCACGAGAAAACAGGCCACGAUGUUAAAGAUUUAAGAGAGUACAAUUCGUCUUUCAAGAAGAGCUCUGAAUUACUUCAGGGUCAAGGAAAGACAAAAGCUACAACAGUCAAGAAUCAUAUGACGUGUAUUGAUAAUCAAAUUAAACGUGUCAAUGAUCACAUUGAUGCGGAAAAUGCGAAGCUUGACAAGAUUUGUGAAGAAGCUAUCAAGAAAAUAAAAGAGAGGAAUGCUACCUUGAAAAAGCAACUAGAAGAUCAGAGAGAAGAAUUAUGCAAGAGUUUAAAUGAUAUGAACAUUGAUGAUGAGAGGUUGGUUAAGAGUAUUGAGAGUGCGAGAGAAUUGGUGAGUAAUACUUUGAAAGCCCCACUAGAAGGAGACGUUGUAGCAAUUCGUGAUUCAUUGUCUAGUGAAUUGAAGAAUGUAUUAGACAGAGAUGAUCCAAAGAAAAAGGCUGCUAUUGAUAUAGGUGAUCAUGCAGAGAAACUGACUUUUUCACCGAGCUGCAAUCCUGAUGCAUUAUCAAUGGGGGAACUGAGGAUUGUGAAUUGCGAGCCCGCGAAAUGCAAUGUAUUACUCACAAAGAAAGAUAGUAUGAAUGGCAUGGUGACUUCAAAGAAUGGCAUAGUUGCUGUUGGAUCAAGAUUUGGAGGAAUCGAAAUCUACUCUGCUGAUGGUCAGCUACAGAAGACAGUCAUUAAAGAUUUAGGGAUACAUGGAAUAGCAUUCCUCUCUGAUGGUCGUUAUGUUGUACUUCAUUACGAUAAUAAGAUAUCACUGUACACAUCAGAUGAAGAGAAGCAGGAUGUAUCAUUCGAUACUCUAGGUAAGAGUGAAGGUGGGAUAGGUGAUCUCACUGUAGACAGCAAUGAUCUGAUCUAUGUUAGCUACAGGAAAGCUAAGAAGAUCCAGGUAUUCUCACCAUCAGGUGGGAAGGCUAUCAGGGAGAUACCAUGCGAUGGGUAUGAACCUAUGCAAAUCACGAGCUAUGGUGAUUCAUUAAUCGUUAAGCAGUUUAAGAAUGCAAUAAUACGUAUUGAUGAAAAGGGUGGUGUAAUUCAUGAAUUAACGAAACCAGGGGAUAAUAACCUCUUUGCUGAUGUGAGUAAAGACAAUACAAUCCUAAUCGCCUCUGUAAGAUACGAGAAAGGUCUGCUCAAUAUCGAUGAGUACACCGGUGAGCUGAAACACAUCAAGACUCUUAUUUCUGAUUGCAAGAUUGAGAAACCGGAGAGGCAGUGGUAUUACCUAAGACAGUUUCAAUCUGGAAAGAUAGCUUUCUGUACACCGGAUAGGCUCUAUAUAUUCAAUCUAGUGACUAAUAAAGUUAACUCGUAAGAAUAUGAUGUCCGAAGUGUUUAAGAGUCAAAUCUCUUUUUGCUAAUAAAAAAAUAUUUAAUUCACUAGUUUCAACAUUAAUCUUGGUAGUCCAUUACUGUCCAAAUUAAGAAAUUUUAUUCUUUCCAUUCGACAAAAAAAAAAUCACGUAUACAAUAGUUAAAUACAAGAUUACAUGAUGUUCAACGAUAAAAAAAUAAUGGUAUUACAUACAAUGGAAAGUAACACAAUUAGAUUUGAGACGCUGCAAAAGUUUAACCCCCCCCCCAAAAAAAAAAAAAAAAAAAAAAUAAUAAUAAUAAUAGCUUCAACUGAAGAAGCUCUCUCCCAUCCUGUGCCCAAACCGUGUCACAUCUAGCAUAGUUUCAGGCAUGUCAUGUUAGGGACUUCGUAGAUUCUAUUAUACUGUUCCAAUAUUUACCAUUCUUAGAAUAAAACAGAUUGAGGGCCUUACUGAAAUCUCCAUUUUCAAUAGAAAUUAUUUGAACAAAAAAACUGUAUAAUUUUUUUUUUCUUUCCUUCAAAAUAUUAUCAUUUUACACACCAUUUAAUAGAAAGAAAUAUGUUCAAACAUAAAUACAUGUAUAUAACACCAAAUAAAUAUUUAAAAGUAAACACCGUAGAUUGCAUUGGUUAUUCAGAACAGAUUCAAACCUACAUUUCAUAACCAAUGUUUACUUUUUUGAUGAGGUAAUCAAUAUUCUGUGACAUAAACGACUGAUGUUGACAACGAAACCAGUAAUGAGUCUGGUAGCCUAUAGUACAGAUAAGACUUUUAAAAUGUAUGAUUUUGAUUAAAAAUGGGGAUAAUUAAAGUACUAGUCUAUAUUGAUAUUAUGUAUGUGCACGCAGGUUCGUAUCUUGAGAAUAAGCCAGGUACCUCCAGGGAUUAGAAAUAAGAUAACAAAAAUAAAGACCUACCCUCCCCCCAAAAAAAAUCAAAAGCAAUGAUUAAUCACAAUAACAGUUUAAUCUGAUUUAAAAGAAUGAAUCCACCAAUAUCAGAUCAACAAGACCAAAAAUUCGGAUUUUAGACAAUCCUGGCGAAAGUUUGCCCCUAACAUGGCUUUUCAUAGACCCAAUAUUGAGAGAGGUGAGUUGAUAGACAUAAUACACGUGACGUGAUAACGGUGAAUUCUACACUGGAGAGUAAAAUUUAUUUUUAAUCAUUCUUUAUCAUUAUGAUUUGGCUUGUAUGAUAAUAUUAAUUGUAAUAUAAGAAAUUCAUGCAUAUGAUCAAGAUUUACAUUAACCGAAUUUUUUAGGUUACUGGAUUUUUUUUUUUGGGGGGGGGUGUUACAUACCCUACUGGGAUGAUAUGGUAUGUUCAUGAUUUCGAUGUAUUUAUCAGUUUGUUCAUAAUAAUUUUCAUUACAUAUUCCUUUUUCGAUAUUAUCACUAGCAUAAAUAUAAAUCAAUGAGCGAUGAAAACAAACAUACAAGUCAAAUUCGAUGUCAAUACAAAUAGAAAUCAUAAGAACCUCAGUUCAAUUCAUGUCAUCGCGAAUUGGGAAUAACCUUCAUCAAAAUGUAAAAAGGAAAUGUCCAAUCAUUUUGUUUAGAGCUGUAGAAUGAAAGGACCAAUAGUGAUAAAUAGGCCUACAAUUAUAUACAUAUUCCGUUUUAUUGUUAAUAACAUUUAUUGAAUUUCUUUACUGUUAUACGCUGUAUAAUUGAUUUCAUCACAUAUAUUCGGUUAAUUUGCCCAAUCGAAUGAGAACAUCGUUUAUCAUGUAAAAAUAAGUUGUUUUUUUUUAAGUGUAUUGUUCAUUCUUGAUCACAAGUAAAACACGAGGUUGACUGAAGGUAGGCUACCGUGAUGCAUUUCACUUACCCUUGCUAUUUCCGGAGUCAUUUCGCCAAGCAAAAGUAGAAUAAAUCAGCAAUGCUAGUUGCAUUGUAUCUUCAUGAUCUUGUUUGAUCUCAUUUAUCAUUCAAUCAUGAAACUAAUUUCUCGAAUUCAUUACCAUUUGUAAAACGUUUCAUUUAGACUAAUGUAUGGAUAAUAAUGGAAUACAUUACCUGAUAAACUUAAACAGUGCCCUUCCAUCUAUGUGUUUUUUAUUACAAGUGGUGUUAAUAUCGUGUGUUUUUAUUUUUGACCAAUUGUUGUUUUUGUGUAGAGCUUUAUAUGACGUAAUUAUUAUCAUUAUUAGCAUUAUUGACCGACGAAAAACAAGGCUUUUAAUGAAACUUAGACAAUCAUAAAGCAAUUAAUUUCAAUCCAAACGAUUUUCAUGAAAAAAAUAUACUGAGAGAGCGAACGAUGAGCAGACGUGGAAAUAGGAAAAUAAAAUGGAUUGUAAGGCACGAGAUGUAUGGUCAUAGUUAGAUAGGUAAAGCAUGCAUCGGAAAGGUAAUAAGGCUUCACAAAGCAAAGAACAGGAGAAACAAACAAAAAAUAUGAGGAAUCAAAGACAGAUGGAUGAAAGGAGGGGAAAAAGAAAAAAGGGUUACAAAAUUGUUACCAAUCUAUUGUAUAAAGUACUUUACAGGUGUAUGGUCACAUAUUACGUCUUACCAAAAUGAGGUUAUCAUUUAUUUGUUAUGUGUUUAAAAUGCUAUUACUUAGUUUUGAUGUUUAAGUGUAAUAUGCUUAAAGUUCAAGCUCUCUUUCAUAAUUGGCGGAAUGACCCAUUCUUUGAACUGUAAAUGUAAAAGUAUUAUGCUUGAGAUUAUGGGGUAACUCAAGGUGGUAAUCGUGGUAUAAAUGGUGGAGUUCAUUAUUUACUCGAAAUAUAUUGCUUAAAUUGUUGGGUAGUUUUUCAACUGAUACUGAUUCAACUUAUAAAUGUAAUAUUUUUUUUAAGUGUUGAGAAAGAACAAACCUUCUGGUACUGAUGAUAUACACGAGUUUCAAUUCGCAUGUCGUCUGUUUUCAAAAUAACAGCGUUCUAUAGUUCUACACGAUAUGCCGUGGUGUUUCACAAUGAUAGAAUUUCGGUUCAACUCGGGAAGAAAAAAAUAGGUUACAUAGUAAUGACUUAAAGGGAAAUUCGCCAUGACAAAAAGUUGAUGUAAAAAUAGCAGAAAAAAUGACAAAAAAAUAUUAACGAAGGUUUGAGGGAAUUCCAUCAAAGUAAAAAGGUUAUCAAAUGAUUUGAUUUGUGACGUCAUAUGCGAGCCGAGCAGGUUUCCUUCAUAUAGUAUGGUAAAACUGAAAGAAUUGUCGUUUUCUAAGAAAAUUAUAAAUGUUUUUAUUGUACCUUCAGUAUGUCAAUACACAAAUAAUUUCACACGUCCUCCUAAAAAGGAAAUUAAAAAUAAGUAAUCACGAACCAACAUAUGGGGCGGCUGCUCGUUUUUGACGUCAUAAAUCCAAAUUCUAAUAACUUUUUUUGUAUUGAAUGGAUUUUCCUUAAACUUUCACCCCUUUUUUCCGUUCUGCUAUUUUAUUUUACAACAAACCUUUCUAUACAUGUAGGCUGAACUUUCCUUUUAAGGGUUUCUAGAUAUAACCUUACAUAUAUAUGGGAGAAUAACAAAAAUGAUUUUCUUGGAGUGGACCUAACCCCUUUUGCAAACUCUUCUGAAGAGCUCAUUUGUCAAAAUGGGUUAGAUCAAUUGUUCAUAAAUUUUAUUUUCUGUUUCAACAAUUUUCAAAACCCAUUGAUUUUUAGUCGCUCUGAUUAUGGACCUAUUCAUGCUCUGAUGAUACCAAAGAAAAUUUGAAAUUCACAUUAAAACGUGAAUAAAAGUAGCAAAGAAAUCACUUUUUUAUUCAAAGGAAAUUUGAUUUAUUUCACAUUACUUGCAGUUCACUUGUUAGGUCCACAAAUAUAAUUUUUUGGGGAAAAAAUAUAUGUAUAAAAAUUGGAGACAGGUUGAUUUUGAUACACCCAAUUUUAUGUUUAUAUCGUAGUACUUAAUGACAACUUAGUUUCUCAUAAGAAUAUUGCAGUAAGUGAAAAAAAAAAACCUUUUGCAACACAUCUUCACAUUUAUACCAAUCUUAUAGAGGGAAAAGAAUGGAGCCCUGUGGAAGUCUAGAAUUGAUAUUUCCUUGUUCUGAAAUGUGAUCUUUAAUAAAUACGUAUGUUUGUAAACCACUUUUGUUAGAUAAAAACGAUUUGUUCCUUCUUACAAAGUUUACAUCUUCAUUCAUUUUACAAAGUGAAUCUGGAACGAAAGAUGAGGAUUGAUUAUUCAUUUGGUCGAAGUAAUGUUAUGCCAAGAUGAUGAACGUGCGUGAUUUUCAGAGUUAUGUAUGUAUAUGGAUGUGGAUGGUGGACAUGGAAAUGGUUGUGAUAAUUGUGAGCUUGGAGACGAUGGUUAUGAUGGCGACCAUGCAGAAGGUCUUUGACUUGAUGGCAAGAGUUGCAAUAAUGGUAGUAAUGAUAACAUGGAUAAUGACUAUGGAGAUGCUAGUGAUGCUGUUGAUGGUGGUGGUGAUGAUUAUAAUAAUGAUGGUGAUGGAGAUGAUAUUACGAUGUCUGUGAUGAUGACAGGAAUGAGGAUGGAGAUAAUAAUGAAGAUGAUGUUCAUGUUCGUGAUAGUAAUGAUUGUGAUGGGGAUAAGAACAAUGAUGGCGAUGGAGAUGAUAUGGAAGAUGGUGUUGAUGGUAAUUGAAGUAAUGAUGGUGAUUAAGAUGAUAUUUAAGACUUUUGUGAUGUUGACGAUCAUUAUGAUGGUAAUGGAUGAUGGAGAUGAUAGUGAAGACGAUGAAGACGUUGAUUAUGGUAAUGGUGAUGAUAGUGAAAUGACUAAUGUUUAUGGUUGUAAUGAUGGGGAUGGAUAUGGUAGUAAAGAUGAUGGUGAUGUUGAUGAUGGUAAUGAUGUUAACGGAGAUGAUAGAGAACAUUAUAGUGAUGUUAACUAUAGUAAUGUUUGUGAUUGCAAUGGCAGUCAUCAUGUGAUAAAGAAAGAUAUGGUGGUGAGAAUGGUGUAGUGUUGGUGACAACAGAAAAUUCACAACAAGUCUACCCCAACAAAAAGUUGAUUUGAAUAAAAAGAGAAAAAUCCAACAAGCACAACACUGAAAAUUUCAUCAAAAUCGGAUGUAAAAUAAGAAAGUUAUGACA